AUGGCGACCAGAGGGUCCAGCGCUAGCGACGAAAGGCAUCUCGGGCCCGAGGACGUACCAGGGACCUUGAGCACGGCUGUGCGUGAACACCUGCGGAAGCUGUGUCUGCGCGAAUUCCCGUGUGGCGUCGGAAGCUGGAAUAAAUCACGCUUUCUUCCUCGACAAUAUCGAACCUGGAGGGAAUUGAUCCCCAAGGAGGAGGAGACAGUGGGUCCCGAGGAGGAGACCGUGGAGGCCCUGCUGGGCCUGGUCCGCAGCAGCCACUCUCCAUGGGCUAUGCUGAAGGAUUCCAGCGCAGAGGACCGUUUCCUGAGAGAACUGGCCAUCCAGAAUCCACUGACGAUCAAAGACACUUUCUUCUACUCCUACUUCCGGUGCCUGCGGGUGGUGGACAAGGGGGUGAGUCUGGUGGAUAAAGAAAUCUUGAAAUUUCUAAAGCUCGAGGAGUUGGUCCUGAGUGCCAAUAAAAUCAAGGACAUCGAUGCCAACAAUCUGCCCCCAACACUGAAGGUGCUGGAGCUGUACGGCAAUUUGAUCGCCAGCAUGGAGUGUCUGUGCUCACCCCCACCCCCAAACCUGCAGCACCUGGGGCUAGGCCACAACAAGUUGCUGGGCCCUUUGGAAAGUCUGUAUGUCACCUCCAACAACUGGCCUCUUCUCGUCUCCCUGGACCUGGGCUUCAAUGACUUGACAGACCUGCAGAGCAUGAUACUGGGUCUCAGUACCUUAAAGUGCCUGAGACUCCUUGUGCUGCAGGGGAACCCACUGGCUCUGGUGCCUUACUACCGUGGCUUUACCGUGGACAGCCUGGCGCGCCUCUGUGUGCUGGACGACAUCACUGUGUCUCCCAGCGAGAAGCACCAGUUCCGGGGACUCAACAGUCAUGGCGACCUGUUGGCACGUGAGGCCCAGUUUGUGGUGACCAUUGGAAAUGUCAGGGGGGUUUUGGACAGCUCUAUCUUGGACCCAGAGCCAGGACCCGAUGGCCCUUUCAUCAGCUACAGCUAUUACGUGACCUAUGACUUUGUGGAAGAUGAGGAGAAGGAAGGGAUUACAAGUGGGAUGGAGGAGUUACACCCUGACAGCGUUCUGGAUGAGAUCGACAAGCCUUCCUCUGGCAUGGACGAGGAGGAGGAGGAGGAGGAAGAGGAGGAGGAAGACCGACAGGAGGUUCUCUCAGUGUUCCAGAGCCAAGCCCACCACCGCCCCGUCCGCCAGGGUGGCCGGCACAGGUUUCGUCCAGAGUCUCCUGAGGUGAUGUCCAGGGAGCUGUCUGAGUAUAUAGUUAAGGAGAUGAAUCAGAUGGCCGAGGACUCCGGAGAAUCUGGGAUCACAGAAGUAGAUGAGUCAGAGACAAGCAUUUCCAUCCACUCGGCCCCCCUGCCACAGUCCAUUGACUCUUCCGAGGAGCUGGCGAAGCUGCGGCCACGGCUAGACGUUCGGCUCUGUCCAUCCCCAGGGACAGUGCUCUUCAGCACCAUGCACAAGCCCUGGGCAGAUGUCAUCCCUUGCACCUAUGAGAUGAAGCACACCCUAAAGGAGCUGAUAAGGGUCAAGGCCUUCCUGCUGUCUGGGACCACUGUGAGCAUCGUAGAGGAGAAAAUCAUCUCCUGGCCUGUGGUACCAACUCCUGUUGAGAGUCCCUUGCCUGCCAAGAAGGGGAAAGGCGACAAGAAAAAGAAAGAGGAGCCUGCUAAGGACAAAGGCCCGAGGAAGAAAAAGGAGCCACCCAGAGAGCUGCGCCAGGAUCCACCUGUGCUGAGGGUGCUGGGCAGCGGACAGGUGUACCUGGAGCCCUUGCUGGCAGGGGAGCCAGUGGUGUCCACUGUGUGUAAUUUUGGGGUGGCCCGCACCCUGGAGACUGACAGGCUCACAUAUGCCAGGGAUUCAAAGAAGGUAAAGAAAGGCUCCAAAAAAGAUAAGUCAAAAGCGGCGGCUCCAACCGUAGAAAGCGGGUACCAGCCAGAGCCCCUGUCGGUGGAGGUCCAGAUCCAGUUGCACCAGUACCGCUCGGUGGAGGAAGCGUUCCUUAGCUUGAUUGACUAGCAGGGAGAAUAAAGGCUGCUCUGCA